AUGGGAGGUAGAGAUGGGGAGAAAGAUUCAAGAACUCUAACUGAAGGUCAGAUUCAGACAGAUGGGGAGCAAACUAAAACCCUAGUUGAAGAGGAACAAGGAGGUGGGGAGGAAGAAUCAAAAACCCUAAUUGAAGAUUUGAAUGUAACAGAGGAAGGGGAAGAGGAAGAGGAAGAGGAAGAGGGAGAGUGUGUGUUGUGCAGUUACAUAAAGGGAGGUGAGUGCAAGGAUGCGUUCAUAGAACUGGAGAGAUGUUGGAAGGAAGCACAGAAGAAUGAUGAAGACGAAAGAAGUAAAUGUAAAGAGGCGAGACUCAUGUUCAAGGCUUGUAAGAAUGAUAACCCUGUUUACUAUGAGCCCAUUCUUGCUCUUGAAGCUAGAGAUAUGGCUAAGAUGUUGAGCGCGUUGUUGAACGCUGAAAGGGAGGCUAUUCUCGCUGGUGAUGCUGCAGUCAUUGAGAGGACGUUAAGCGGGCUGCAACAAGACGAUGCUGAGCCUAUUACCGUUCUGCCUGCUGAAGCUGCAGCCAUUGGGAAGGCGUUUAGUGAGUUGGAAGCUGGAAAGAAGAAGGAGAAGGAUGCAGAGGGAUCCAAGGGAAACGAGAGUGAUCAUCAGAAUCAGAAUUAGGAUAUUCCGAUUUUUUUUGUUUGUCUAAACCCUUAAUUUUGUUUAAGGUUGUCUUCUUAGUUCUUACUACAACAUUGAGUUAUGCUAAUGAUGCAUCUGUUAUAGUCACCUUCUUCUGCAAAAAAAAAAAAAGACUAGUUAAUUGGUUAAUCAUUGUAGUAAAACUUUUGUUCAACGUUUGUUUAUGCAUAUCUUAUAGGAGAACUGGAGAAGCUGAACAUUUGUUGAUUGAUGCCA